AUGCGCACCGAGAAUCAAGAUGACUUUAUUGAUGACGAGAAGGCAUGCAGCAGCGAAAAUGUGGAGAACUAUGCGAUAAUUACCACUAUCGACGAUAUACAUGUUUUGGGCCUCUCGUCCGAAGACGCAGACUUUUAUCGCAACUAUACUCCACAGAAGAGGAAACAGAUUAUUCGGAAGAUCGACAUGAGGCUAAUCCCCAUGCUUGCUAUCCUCUAUUUGAUAUCCUAUCUUGAUAGGGCGAACAUUGGAAAUGCCAAAACCUUAGGGUUAGCGGAAGACUUGAAUUUGACCGGGCUCCAGUAUAAUAUCGCCCUCAGUAUUUUCUUUAUCCCAUAUGUUUUGUUAGAGGUACCAAGUAACAUUCUCCUCAAACGCUUUGCUCGGCCAUCCCUAUACUUGGGUACAUUGAUCGUAUCGUGGGGAACAAUCAUGACGUUGACAGGUGUCGUACGAAAUUUUGGCGGGUUGUUAGCCGUGCGGGUGUUGUUGGGAAUUUUCGACGCACUUUCUGGUGCAUUUUCAGGUCUUCUCGCAGCAGCCAUUAGUAAAAUGGACGGGGUUGGUGGGUAUGAGGGUUGGCGGUGGAUCUUUAUAAUCGAGGGCCUUGUUACUGUUGGACUAGGAAUUUCUACCUUCCUGCUUCUUGUAGACUCGCCAAGCCUCUCGACUCGGUGGUUGGACGAAGAUGAGAUCCGGUAUCUAGAGAUUCAGCAUUUCAUCAAGGAAGGAGGCCAGUUUAAAGAAGAGCAAGAAAGUAUAUCGUUGAAAGAUGUUUUUGGAGUCAUGAAGAAUUGGAGACUUUAUUUUCUGGCAUACAUCAUGAUGUGCCAGUCUGCUUGCAACUAUGGAACUAAGUUCUCUCUGCCCACUCUCACUGAAGCCAUGGGCUUUGAAGGCACCACUGCGCAGCUCAUGACGGUGCCACCGUACAUUGCCGGCGCGUUAUCCGCCGUUGCCUUUUCUAAUAUGUCGGACCGGUACAACUGGCGGUUCCCAUUCGUAGCAGCCCCUCUGCUGCUUAUAAUCAUUGGUUACUCAAUCAUUGUCGGUCUCAAAGGUCAACUGGAAUCUCACCUCGGCGUCGGUUUCUUUGCCAUAAUCCUUGCUUGUAUGGGCAUCUACCCAACCUACCCGGCAGCGGCGUCCUGGGCGAUGAACAAUCUCGCACCUUCGAAGCGACGUGCGAUCGGCAGUGCGUUUAAUAUUUGCAUGGGUAAUACGGGCGGAAUAAUCGGGAGCUACAUGUACCUUGACCGAGAGAGUCCGACUUAUAUUACUGGCUUUGGGUUGUCGCUUGCUUUUGGUGUCUCGGGACUACUUGUUGCGUGUGGUUUAGAACUUUGGUUUAUGUAUGCGAACAAGCAAAAGGCCAAGUUGUCGGAGAUGGAAAUUAGAGAGACUUACAGCGACGAACAACUUUUGGAAAUGGGCGACAGGUCACCCCUCUUCCGAAAUAUGCUAUGA